GCGUGCUUCUGAUCCAAAAUGGCGGCCAGUGACUUUUAUCUUCGUUACUACGUUGGACAUAAAGGMAAAUUUGGACAUGAAUUCUUAGAAUUUGAGUUCCGUCCUGAUGGUAAACUWCGGUAUGCGAACAACUCGAACUACAAGAACGACACAAUGAUUCGAAAAGAGGUGUAUUGUCAUAAAGCAGUUAUAAAUGAAUUGAAGAGGAUCAUAGAUGACAGUGAGGUUUUAAAGGAAGAUGAUGCCAUGUGGCCACAACCAGACAGAGUUGGACGUCAGGAACUUGAAAUAGUGCACGGGGACCAACACAUCUGUUUCACAACAUCCAAAAUAGGUUCACUAGUUGAUAUCAAYCAAUGCAAGGAUCCAGAAGGACUGCGAUGCUUCUACUACCUUGUACAAGAUCUGAAAUGUAUGGUCUUCUCACUYAUCGGUCUACACUUUAAGAUCAAGCCUAUUUAAGCCUUGUAAAAUAUGUUUUUCACUUGAACUUCUGGCUUCCUUUUAAAUCUGAGUUUCCUACAUUGGAUUUUUGUAAUUCUUUCUUUUCUUUUCUUUUUUUAACACAAAUUUAGAAAACACACAAUUGUAUUCAGCUUGUUAUAGUAUACAUUGUAUUUAUAAUCUGUACUAAGAAUAGAUAUGAUCAAACUCCAUAUUCUCCUAUGAAAAACCCAUGUAAGGAGAAUUAGAGUCUUAUUAUUGAGCGUGUUCACUUGAAGUCACAGCGGCCAUAUUGGUGUAUCAAAACGAUACGUUUUCUAUCAUCUGGGAAUGGAUCUCUAUUUCCCACUUGCUCGAAUAAAAAACGACAAAAGAGGUCGACUUGGACCAAGUCUAGUAAAGACUGCAAAAAGUUUUUAUUGUUUGGCACACCGAUAUGGCUGCAUUGUCACGUGAGUGAAAACACUUUAUUUUGUGUAUCAUGCAUCCAAUAGGCCUUGCUUCCUGAGCACUGCAUCACUUUAUGUAUUGUACAGACAUUCUUUGUAAUAUUUUUUAGUUUGAUGCUCUUCCACAUUAAAUAUGUUCUCUUGA